CAACUCAUCACCUCACUGCACUACUCCUUCCUCCAAUUCCAAUUCCAAUUCAAUCCGAUCAAAAAGUAAAAAUGUCUUCACACCAGCAGCAGCAGCCGCUUCUGGAAGAAGAGGAGCGAGCCUACGAAGCCGACAACAUAGUCCACAUUCACGACGAUGACGACGGCGGCCAUGAAUACUCGCCAUUCUCCUGGAGAAAGCUGUGGCUCUUCACGGGGCCUGGCUUCCUCAUGAGCAUCGCCUUCCUUGAUCCCGGCAACCUCGAGGGCGAUCUCCAAUCCGGCGCCAUCGCCGGCUACUCCCUCCUCUGGCUCCUCCUCUGGGCCACCGCCAUGGGCCUACUGGUCCAGCUCCUCGCCGCGCGCCUCGGCGUCGUCACCGGAAGGCACCUGGCCGAGCUCUGCCGCCAGGAGUAUCCUGAUUGGGCCAGGCUGCUGCUGUGGAUCAUGGCUGAGCUCGCACUCAUCGGCGCCGAUAUUCAGGAGGUUAUUGGCAGCGCGAUUGCGAUUAACAUUCUCAGCCGCGGCCUUCUUCCUCUUUGGGCCGGUGUCAUUAUCACCGCCCUCGAUUGUUUCGUCUUCUUGUUUCUGGAGAAUUAUGGUGUGAGGAAACUGGAAGCGCUUUUUGCAGUGCUUAUAGCAACCAUGGCGAUCUCCUUUGCUUGGAUGUUUGGCGAAACAAAACCUGAUGGUCGCGAGCUUUUGAUCGGUAUCUUGGUUCCGAAGCUGAAUUCGAGUACCAUAAAGCAGGCCGUGGGAGUGGUGGGCUGUGUCAUCAUGCCUCACAACGUUUUCUUGCACUCAGCCCUCGUGCAGUCGAGAGAAGUAGACAAUCGCAAGAUAGGCAGAGUGCGCGAAGCUCUCAAGUACUACUCCAUUGAAUCCAGCAUUGCUCUGGCCAUCUCAUUCAUGAUCAAUUUAUUUGUUACAACAGUUUUCGCAAAGGUGUUUUAUGGCACGGAAGAAGCGAAGACUAUUGGACUCGUGAAUGCAGGGCAGUAUCUCGAGGAGAGGUAUGGUGGAGGGCUGGUCCCCAUUUUGUACAUAUGGGCUAUCGGUGUGCUCGCUGCCGGACAGAGCAGCACCAUAACCGGCACAUAUGCCGGCCAGUUCAUUAUGGGAGGGUUUCUGAAUUUGCGAAUGAAGAAGUGGAUAAGGGCACUAAUAACACGAAGCUGCGCCAUCAUCCCUACUCUGAUUGUUGCGCUUAUUUUUGACACAUCCAAUGCCUCGUUGGACAUUCUAAAUGAAUGGCUUAACGUGCUGCAGUCAGUUCAAAUCCCGUUUGCUCUAAUUCCUCUCCUUUGCCUGGUGUCCAAGGAGGAACUCAUGGGCUAUUUCAAAAUCGGGACUCUUCUUCAGACUGUAUCGUGGAUGGUGGCAGCUCUGGUGAUCUUGAUCAACGGGUAUCUUCUGGUGGACUUCUUCUCGUCUGAACUGACCGGGGUGUUGUUCACGAGUAUAGUUACUGCUUUCUCAGCUGCAUAUGUUUCCUUCAUAGUGUAUCUUGUGAUGAGGAGUGCAAGCUUUUCGAGUUUGUGGACAAGAGCCAAGACGACUUGGGGCUCGUAAUCAUUCUUCUCUCAACCAUUCACAAGCUAUGCUAUAGCAGAUUGACCGGGCAGCGCCAGAACAAUAACAUCCAUGAUGCCGGAGCAUAAGCCUUCCGAUCGUAACCCUUGUGAAAAGGAAGCAACUUAUAAAGAGAGGAAUCGAUGCCCAAAGCAGCCUUGUGUUGUAUCUAUUGCUAGGUUAAUGUUAAUUACCCAAAUGCUUUUGGCAUAAUCUUACAAAGUGUUGUUAGUCUACUGUUAUUAA